AGAAGCCGCCCUCUCUCCACGCCGGAAGGGCGCCCGUGGCCGCCGCGAACAAGGCGGCCACCCCCCGCGGCUCGGCGUCGCGCGCCCCCCGGCGCGACGUCCUCCUCCGCUCGUCCCCCUCGCCCUUCCCAUCCGCCUCCCCCCCCCCGCGCGCCCUGCGCUCGGCCGUGCGCCUCCCAUGGACGAGCCCGGGCCCGACGAGCCGGACUGGAACUACCGGGACCAGGAGGCUUGGGCCGAGCUGCCCGACAGCCGGUGCGGCCGUCCGGGGGAGCAGUCGCCCUUGGACCUGCGGGGGUUCCCAGAGAACUCCGUAUGGCUGCCGAUGGAGGAAGUCGGCCACGUGGUCCGCCUGGGCCCCAUCAACCGCACCGUGUGGCCGAGGUACCCCAUCGUCUGGAACUACACGUGGCCGAUGGUGCAGGUGGCGCUGGAGGACGGCAGCGCUGGGCCGCAGGCUCAGCUGCUCUCGCCCUACAACGAGUCGACGCGCGUCACCUUUUUCAAGACGGAUUAUUAUCUGCAGGGGGUUCGCUUCGCGUCGCCGUCCGAGCACCAGCUGGACGGCGUCAGCUACGACAUGGAGGCGCAGUACCUCCACCGCGCGCGGGACGGCCAAGUCCUGGUGGCGGCCGCGCUGCUGCGGGUGGGGCUCGUGCCCGACAACGCCUUCGUGGAGCAGCUCUGGGCUGGCCUCGGGAGGCUGGGGGGCGGCUCCGGGCCCGCCACCCUGGUAGUGCCGAACCCCUUCUACAGCGGGCUGCCCGCCGACAGGUCGCUCUUCGCGUUCAACGGGAGCCUGACUCGCCCCCCUUGUACGACCGAGGUGGUCUGGCUGGUGUUCCGCCAGCCGAUCCUCGUGAGCCGGAGGCAGCGGGACGACUUCCGCCAAAGGCUCCAGGACUCGCAGGGGGAUCGGCUGCGGAUGGAGACGACGUCCCCGAAGGGCGUCAUCGAGCCAUGGAACCUGAGCCUGGGGACCAACCGACGCCUGCUGCAGCCGCAGGGCUCGCGCCUGGUCCUGAGCCUGAACGUGACCCGGGCGCCGCCGAAGCCCGAGCCAAGCGACCUUUUCGGCGGCCCCGACGCCUGGGCCUACGCGGCGCUGGGACUGCUCGCGGCCGUGGUGCUGCUCGGCUCGGUGUUGCUGGUGAGCUGCCUCUGCUGCCGCGGCUGCGGCGGCGGCCUCCUCCGCCGCAAGUGGGGGAGCCGGAGCCGGGAGUUGCUGAGCGACGCGAGCACCGACGCCGAGGAGGACGAGUCCGACGGCCGGGGCGGCUCCGACGGCUCCUCGAGCUUGCUGAGCGGCCGCCGAUGAGCGCCCAGCGGCGGGGUCCGUGCCCGCUGUCAGCACGGCGGCAGCCGGGCACACGAAUUCGAAGGCAGACGGAAGGGAAGGGCAGGCCAGCAUCGCCUGACCAAUCUUCUUCCCCAUAGCCCCACCAGCUCACCCUCCCAG